AUGCGUAUUUCUCUUUCCUGGGGAACACUGCGCUUGGUGUUCGACGAGUGGCGAAAAUCCCUCAACGAAAAUGACGAAGUUAUCUCUGAGCUUGCAUUGUUAAUCGUGGAGGAUGUUAACAAUUGGCUCACACGAUUCAUUGUGGAAGUUAGGAAGUUAAACGGGGAUUUUUAUCCCCCAAAGUCUCUGUAUUUGCUUAUUACUGGGAUUCUACGAGGCAUAAGUGAGCAAGGGAACACCAACAACUUUAUGAGUGAGACGAACGACCGUUUCCUCAAAGUUUGGAAGACGCUAGAUGCACAGAUGAAACUGCUGACUGCUAAAUUAGGAUAA